ACCCAUAGACGUAGAGAUAGACUUGAUCAAAAUUGGCUCAACCUAAUUUUUUUUUUUCCAGGUUUGGACAUAUUUUCUAACCCAAAAUUUAUAUUAAUUCCAUUUUUUUGACACGUUUUGAUUUAUUAUUAUUCACACGCAUCGCUUUGACAAUGUUUUGUGAUUAAAUGAUUAAUACGUUAUGAAAAUAUAGUCAAGUGAGAUUUUAUUAGAUUUAUUACAAUAUACACUGUAAUAAGUUUGAUUUUAAAAAAUCUUCUAUCUUUGGAUAAAAAUAACGGGUUUGGACUUGGCCCAAAGUGAGCCCACUUUUCUUGACAAAGGCCGGCCCGGUCCACCACCUCUACAUAGAGGGUACCUCAAUUAUUUCAUUACCUAAAAAUAAAAAAUAAAAAAAUUAUACAAUCAGUCAAUCACAAAGUCAACUCACGUGACACACAAAAAAGAACCGUUGAUAAAGCACGUGACCACCCCUCCUACAAAAUUUGAAUUCGAACUUAGCGCUUGUCUCUCUCAUCAACCCAUUCACAAACUAUUAAAAAAUUAAUUAAAAAAAAACUUACAAACAAUUUAAUUUCACAAAACAAUUUCUUUUCCUUUUUUUUUUGGUCCCUCUUCCCCCUAAAAUCAUACGCACCAACAUACUCCAUUAAUUCAAAUUCCACCAUUCUUCCAUUUUCAAAUUCUCUCCCCAUUUUUCUCUCUCUAAAAUUCCCCAUUUUACCCCUUUCUCUCUCCUCUCCAGGUCACCAUUUUCUCUUUCUCUCUCCUCAAUUUCAAUCUUCGAAGCUCAAACAAUUUCCCCCAAAUUUCUCGAUUCAAUUGGAUGUUCUUCGUAUUUUUCUCGCUUUCACCUUAAUUAAUCAUUCUGAAAAAAUCCCCAAUUUUUUAGGGUUUUUUUGUUUUGAUUAUUUAACUAAAUGGAGAACAACAAUGGCGACGGAAAGAAUACACAGGACAAAGAAUGUGUUCGUGUCGCUGUAAAUGUUCGUCCUUUGAUUACUCCCGAGCUUCUCCUCGGUUGUACCGAUUGUAUUACCGUGUUUCCCGGUGAACCUCAGGUGCAAAUUGGAUCUCAUUCGUUCACAUUUGAUUAUGUUUUUGGAAAUGGAGGAACACCGUGCUCUCGAAUUUUCGAUGAAUGUGUUGCUCCUUUAGUUGAUGCUUUGUUCAAGGGUUAUAAUGGAACAGUACUUGCUUAUGGACAGACGGGGUCAGGGAAAACUUACACCAUGGGAACUAACUAUAAUGGGGAAGACAAUGCUGGUGGAAUUAUCCCUCAAGUUAUGCAGACGAUUUAUUCUCGAGUUGAGUCGAUGAAGGGUUCAACCGAGUUCUUAGUUCGAGUGUCGUUUAUUGAGAUUUUCAAAGAGGAAGUGUUUGAUCUUCUUGAAACAAGUCCACCUGCAUUAUCUAAAGGCGAUACAACGAAGCACUGUGGGCCUGCUAGAGUUCCCAUACAAAUUAGAGAAACAGUCAAUGGUGGGAUCACGUUAGCCGGUGUUACGGAGGCAGAGGUGAGGUCAAAGGCAGAGAUGGCGUCGCACUUGACUCGUGGGUCUAUUGCUCGUGCUACUGGUAGCACUAAUAUGAAUAGCCAAUCCAGUCGUUCUCAUGCCAUAUUUACAAUUUCUAUGGAGCAAAAGAAAGUCGGUGACACUGCUGAUGAUAUUUUAAGCGCGAAGCUUCACUUGGUGGACCUUGCUGGUUCUGAACGAGCCAAACGGACAGGUGCAGAUGGAUUGCGUCUAAAAGAAGGCAUUCAUAUAAACAAGGGAUUACUGUCCCUUGGGAAUGUGAUCAGUGCGCUUGGAGAUGAGAAGAAAAGGAAAGAGGGAGGGCAUGUCCCAUACCGUGACAGCAAGCUCACUCGGCUGUUACAGGAUUCACUUGGAGGAAAUAGCAAAACCGUUAUGAUUGCGUGUGUUAGCCCUGCUGACACGAAUGCGGAGGAGACUCUCAAUACCCUGAAGUAUGCAAACCGAGCUCGUAACAUUCAAAACAAGGCAGUCAUAAAUCGUGAUCCCAUUGCAGCUCAGAUGCAAAAAAUGCGUAGUCAAAUUGAGCAGCUUCAGACAGAGUUGCUUUAUUAUCGUGGUGACUCUAGUGUUUCAUUUGAUGAGCUUCAGAUUUUGAAGCAUAAAAUAACAUUGCUUGAACAAAGCAACGCUGAGCUGCAACGUGAACUUCAAGAACGUCGUAUCAGUUGUGAGCAUUUAGCUCAACGCGCUCUUGAUGCUCAGGUUGAAAAAGACCAACUGAUUAUGAAGCUUGAAGCAGCAAGGAGUGGAAAAUCAUGGGAUGAGAUUGAGUCUCUGGGAAAUCAGGAAAUUGAUUUGGUCAAGAGGUACGUGUCAAAAAUUCAAGAUUUGGAGCAAGAGUUAGUGCGAUUACAACAUUUGAAUAGCAUGAAGCGCGAGGGUUUUCCUGAUUCCUUGGAAUCAGAUGAUGAAGUAUUACCCUCUAAGAAUGCUUAUUUAGGCAAUCUCAGUGAGCACUCAUCUGUCUCCGAUGCAAAGGAUAUGGCUGGUGAUGAGAUUGAAGAGAAGGAGUUAGAGCAUUCUUCUCUACAAGAAAGACUGGACAUGGAGCUAAAAGAAUUGGAUAAGAAACUUCAGCAAAAGGAGGCUGAGAUGAAGCGGUUUGCUGGUAUUGAUUCUUCUGUCCUGAAACAACAUUAUGAAAAGAAAGUUCUUGAAUUGGAACAUGAAAAAAAGGCAUUGCAGAAAGAAAUUGAGGAUUUGAGGCAUAAACUUGGUGGUAUUUCAUCGACUUCUGAUGAUGGUGCACAAAGGCUCAAGGAAGAAUACAUUCAGAAGCUAAAUGGUUUAGAAGCUCAGGUUUCUGAGUUGAAAAAGAAGCAAGAAGCUCAAGCUCAGAUUUUAAGACAAAAACAGAAAAGUGAUGAUGCAGCAAAGAGGUUGCAGGAUGAGAUACAUCGUAUAAAAACUCAGAAGGUCCAAUUGCAAAACAAAAUCAAGCAAGAGUCGGAGCAAUUUAGAUCAUGGAAAGCAAUGCGGGAAAAAGAAGUGCUUCAGCUUAAGAAGGAGGGAAGAAGGAAUGAGUACGAGAUGCACAAACUAUUGGCAUUGAAUCAGAGGCAAAAGAUGGUUCUGCAACGUAAGACAGAAGAGGCAUCUAUGGCAACAAAAAGACUUAAAGAGCUUCUUGAGUCUCGAAAGGCUGCUUCUCGAGACAGCUCUGGUAAUGGUCCUGGAGCACAGGCAUUAAUGCAAGGAAUUGAGCAUGAGUUAGAAGUCACUGUACGGGUACAUGAGGUUCGCUCUCAGUAUGAACGCCAAAUGGAAGAGAGAACCAAGAUGGCACAAGAGAUUGCAAAGCUGAAGGAAGAAGCAGAAAUGCUAAAGCAGAAUAUUUUGAGUGAAUGCCCUGAAACUAUGUCCCCUGGUGCAAGAAACUCAAGGAUCUUUGCACUUGAAAAUAUGCUUGCAACAUCUUCAAGCGCCUUAGUCUCAAUGGCCUCACAACUAUCUGAGGCAGAAGAGCGUGAACGUGUCUUUAGUGGCAGGGGACGUUGGAACCAAGUUCGUUCUCUUGCUGAAGCCAAAAGCUUGAUGAAUUAUCUUUUCAAUUUGGCUUCAUCCUCCAGAUGCAUGGUACGUGACAGAGAACUCGAAUGUAGAGAGAAGGACUCUGAGAUAAAGGAUUUGAAAGAGAAGGUAGUCAAACUUAAUGGUUUUGUUAGACAAUUGGAAAAACAAAAUGCAGAAGUCAAGCAGCAAAUACAACAGGUGCUCGCAACUCGUGGUGAGGUGAGAACUUAUGACCUGCGACAGGGUAUUAGAAGCUCUGGUUUUUUCAAGUUUGCGGGUAACAACUCAGAGCUAUUGGAGGACAUGGAUACUUCUGAUUCAGAGUAUUCUUGCCAUGACGAGGACUCUGAUGGCGAGUGGGAGGAAAAUGAUGUUAUGGUAAAGAAAAGGAACUCUAGGAAGGGUGGUCGAUCAGGGUCUGAUUCAAAGUCAUUGGACACCGAUGGUGGAAGUUUGAAAGGAGAAGAUUCAGUUGAUAUUGUAAAAGAGAACUCUACAUCUACUAUUUGCUGUACGUGUAGCAAACAGUCAUUUUGCAAGACCAUGAAGUGUGAAUGCCGUGCAUCCGGAGGUAGCUGCUCCAGCUCCUGUGGUUGCUCCUCCAAUAAAUGCAGUAACAGGGAAGGUGAGAGCAAAGAGGACUGUAUACCUCCUAAUGAUGUAGAGCACGAUCGAGAUCUUGCCACCCAAGGUGCAACAUUACUUCAGAAUGCUUUAACUGAAAGGCCUGCUGAACAACAUGAAGAAAAUGGUGCCAAAAGAAAGCCUUUGGCUGAUAUUGGGAAUACAGCUGGAAAAUCAAAUGUACCAAGGCCCAUCCAAAGGAAAAAAUGGCGGAAAUCCACUAUUCAGCUUGUUCCAGCAGCCCCAACAUCAGUACAAGGUGAGCAUGUAGAUCUACCGGAAAAGGCAGAGAGCUGUGCAGCUGACAAUGUAGCAGCAAGUAAAAAGGCGGCAGAGAGCAGUACAACCGAAGCAAAUAUCCCUUUAAAGUUGCCAAGGGCCAUGCGAUCUGCUUCCUCUAACAGCAACCUUUUGAGAGUCAGGAACACUGAACAUGGAGAAGAACCUGUUGUACACAAGGACUCCGGUGAACCUGCUAGGAGAAGCCCUCUACGGAGACCAAAGAAAUCUGAGGAAAAAGAAAAUUUCGGCCUCUAAUGUAGUACGUGCUGAUUUCCUAAUUUAAUGUAGGCAAACUGUAGAUCAUUUGGAAUUUGAUUCCAUCACAAGCUUACUUUAUUAUGAGGAAAAGUUUGGAAGAGGAUCGAUCGAUCCUCAAAUGAUUGGUAUUCUUUUAUUGCUUAUUCAAUCUACGAGGCACCUAUUACGAAUGAGUUUAAAAGAAGAAAAUGUACUAGCGUUUCUAGUAUUACAUUGUUUUUUGUGAGCUCAUUGUUGUAUAUGUAAGAGUAUUUUAAGGCACAAAAUGAAGGUCUCUACUUGUUCGAA